AUGAGCAGCUCUGACCUCUACGAGUUGGAGGACAGUGACGGGCUAUGGGAUUCUCCUUCUAUAACACCACGAGCAGCGAGAUGUACACGUGCUCAGGCGUUGAAAUUCUUCCGAGCAUCACUUUCAGAUUCCUCAAUCGAGUCGUACAGGCAACUUCUAGACCAGACAUUCAAGGACAAGCCUGACAGCAAAGAAGACAAGUUCAAUACAACGCAGGAUGGGGUUGUGGUCUGGACUCCACAGGAGAAACGAGUGCUCUUCGAUAUCUUGGACAAGAAAGGGCGAGAUGGUAUCCGGGAAAUUGCCGCAUCAAUCAGGUCCAAAUCGGAGCCUGAAAUCCUGGAGUAUAUUAGGCUUCUCCAGAAAGGUGUGCGACGGCAACAUUUUAACGACACCCAUUCCAGAACCGCUAUCCUAGGCGAAAUUCCAGCUGCAGCUGAGAUUGGUGAAGAAUGUUGUGACUCACUUGAUGGGUAUGCUGAAUUGCUUUGCUUGGAAGAACAGAACGAGGAAGAUAGUGCUGGUAAAGAAAGGCACAAAGAUUUGUGGAUCAUCAACGAGGAAAUGGAUCAGGAUCUCGCAGUUAACGUGAACAAGAUGCCGGAUGAAAAGUUCACUUCUAACCUCAACGUCGACUCCGCUGCUGCAUUUUUCAAAAUGACAAGAUGGAUUCUACUUUCAGAACGCUUUUUUAUGAAUUUUGGUGGCGAGAGGUUCGAAGACAAUUGGGUCAAUAUAGCCUUCAAAGGCGAGACCCCGUCGAUGACGGCUGAUGUUUUAACCGAUUUUUAUGAAAUCGCCCUCGCUGUAACUCGCCGUCUGAUCCAUGCAACGCAUUUCUUUGCCUCGUCAAGGAUACUUCAGAGCGGGAAGGCGAGCCGUCCUUCAGCAACAGUCGUGAGAUCGUUCGACGUCAAAAGGGCGGCCCGCACGCUCAAUAUGAAGACUGACAGUUCCGAGUUUUGGGUGGGAUUAGCGCGGCGUUGCACUCUUGAUGUCGAGGAUAGACGUCAUAGGAAGGGCUGGAAUCCUAUCCCUUUGGAUCAUGAUGAAGUCGAAUCUCUACUCUCCCAGAAGGCGCUGCCCCAAGAACCUUACGGAAGGAUCUCACCAAAUUCAAGUCAAACCUCAGAGAAGGACUUUGCUAAUAUCGCCAACGAUCCUUCAUCGGAGUUCGUCGAGGAGGACUCAAGUGAUCCCGAAGAUGAGCAUGCCGAAGCACUCGAUCAACAAUGCAAUUCAGCCGAAGAGCUACUGUGCUGGACCACAAUGGAUCAAUCACCUCCGGCAAUCCCAAAAAGCGAGUUCCCAAGCAAUCAAAUCCCUGCGAGGCCAUCAGGCAAGCGUAAAACAACAGAAGAGCUAGCCGACUGGCGCGACCGAACUCUAUAUCGGAGCGAAUGGGAAGAGUACGGUUAUGAGACCGAAGAGAUAGACAGCGAGUUCAAAAACCAGCACAAGAGGCGCCGGUUAACGGUCCAUUUUCGCCCACUUUCCGAAGUCCAUUCUCAGGUCAUCAACCGGGAAUCUUCAGGUCGGGGAGGAGACGGACAAGGGGAAGAGGAGGAAGCAGCAGCAGCAGCAAAUGCUCAACUAGGAUAUCAAUCAGAUGCCACCGAUCCUGAGUUCCGACCAGGAUCCCGAGACCGUGGACAAAAGACCAAGUCGACAUUUAUCUCGCGGACAAGCUCUCGCAAACGCACACCUGUUUCGUAUGCGCCACCACCGCUGCUUGACUUUAAUAUGGAGAUGGAAGUAGACUCGGAAUCGAAUGAUGAAUACUCAAGCCCAGACAACCAACAAGGUGACGAGCCAGUCAUCCAGCCAAAGGGAUCUGAGGAUGAAGAUCAUGAAGAAGAG